UUCGACAUGGACUGCAAAAACAUCGUCCCACACAAAAUAUUGCCAUCUCGAGGUUAUACAAACACCCACAGACAGACAACCCUGCACAAUGUCUGUGUCUGAUGCUGGUCUUGGGUGGAGCAGACAUCGCUCGAGUGGGGCGGAAUCCGUGGUGCUGCUCGCGUCUCGAGACUCGUUUCUCCCGGAAGUGGGUGGUUAAGUCGCCACUCGGUCACUGCUGGCUAACGAGCGAUCGCUGGGAUGAAGGAGAGUCGAGGAUAUUCUUGGGGCUGACAAAUAUCCGACGACACAAUUGUGAAAUUUCAUUUUUAACCAAUUAGUUGCGGUAUAUCCGCAGAAAUCCUCACAAACGCUCACAAAAAAGGCUCAAACACCCCGCCGCCAAGAUGAUGGAAGAAAUCGACAGAUUUCAAGUGCCGACUGAGGCAGAGAUGCAGCCUUUUGAUCCAGCAUCAUCGACCACAUCAGAGGCAGACUCAGAUACCAGGGAGAAUGAGCCUGCCACCCUGAACUAUAAACCUUCUCCUCUCCAUAUGAAGAUAGACAAACAGAGAGAGCUGGUUAGGAAAGGAUCACUGAAAAAUGGCAAUGCUGGAAGCCCUGUCAAUCAACAACCCAAGAAAAAUAACGUGAUGGCCAGAACAAGGCUAGUGGUUCCCAAUAAAGGCUACUCUUCUUUAGACCAGAGUCCAGAUGAGAAACCUUUAGUUGCUCUAGACACAGACAGCGAUGACGACUUUGACAUGUCUAGAUAUUCCUCAUCAGGAUACUCAUCAGCCGAGGUGAGGUCUCUAAGGGAACAGCAAAUAAACCAGGAUCUGAACAUCCAGCUACUGAAAGAUGGAUACAGGUUGGAUGAGAUCCCUGACGAUGAAGACCUGGACCUCAUACCGCCCAAAUCCGUCAACUCCACCUGCAUGUGCUGCCAAGCCACCUCCUCCACUGCUUGUCAAAUCCAGUAAACCCAUCACCUUUUCCCCUCCUCGUGCUCCCUCUCUCUCUCUUUUCUGUCCCUUAUUCCCUUCCAUAACCUCAGAUAAGACAUCUAAUCAAUAGUACAGAGGGAAAUGUACAGUGCAGUAAAUGUUAUGAUGGAUAUGGUGUACAGGAAAAUGUGACCACGCACACAUAGACGAAAACACAUUACAUGUGCUAACACACACACACACACAUACACACAUGUACUCUAACAUAUAAUUCUUAACAUGACUAUUAUUGGUUGCUUCCUCCUAUGGCAGGAUAUGCACUGUUUGCUAAUACGCUAGGAGAGUCUGCUCACUUUCACCUCCUAGCCGGCAUUGUGUUAUACUGUACAAGUGAACGUAGAACAAAUAAAGCUUUAAAACGGCUUUAAUUGUGAUUUAAAAACAACAACUUGAUGUUACAGAGAGUUUGAAAUAGCUUAUCCACUGAAUUCUCUGCUUUCAUGUUGCACUCAUCGCAUUAACGUUGUCGUUAUGGUAAGAUUUGAUUUCCGUACGGAUCUGGUUGGAUGUUUAUUGUUUGUGGCUGCUAUUGAGGCUUUACUUGGGUUCGUUUCUGUUGAACAUUUUGCAUGUUGGUGCAUUCGUACUGCAGCGCUAACAGUAGCCUUGUCUGGCAUGCACCAGGGCAUCACACUCUGUUUUGUUUACACUUGAUAUCUCACGUACAUGUAUUUAAUUGAAUCAUGUUUGAAACUACGCUGGAUUUGAGAUGCGAAUGUGUCAUGAAAGGAAAGGCAAUACAGUAACCCUUCUUUGAGAAUUAUAUCUGAUUGGUCAAGGUCUGGACUGUUGUUCUUUUCACAGUAACCUCUCACUACAGACCUAAGAUGAUAAAAUGAUUACAAGAGGACAUUUUGUGUCUCUCAAAGGUCAGAAAUCACUGGGACAAUUUCUGUUCUGUUUAGAUAGAAUGUCCAAACAUUCUAGAUAUUUAAAGCACCUGUAAGAAAGCUGUAAGUAAGUAUUGUUUUAUUCAGGAAGAUGCUCAGAUAUGACACUCUCGAAGGCACCAAAGAAUGUUUAUGCUCCUUGUUGGAAUUAAUCAUUUUCCCCUGUGUCCAUUUUCAUUUAGUGUUUCAUAUGCGUACGACCAAAUGGUUACUUUUUUAGACAUUGUGGGCUGUUUAAAAGCACUAAUUUCUGCUGGCCUUUGGAAAUAAAUGAAGAAUGUUAAUGUUGCUAAAAUUAUUAAAUUCCCUGGUCUUAACAUCUAUUAUUAUUAUUAUUUAUUAUUAAAAAUGAUUCAAGCUGUCAGUGAUGAACCUGCACUGUUAGUCUACUACACAUUAAAUCCGUUUACAGAUUUUACCCUUCCAUUCAGCUUUGAAAGCCAAGCACAUUUUAUGUGUUAUCUUUACACUCUACAUAUUGUCUUGAUCAAGUUAUAUCUCAAAAUGCAAAUUGCUUUCAUUUGAACUGCUCAUAUUCACUUUUUAGUGAAUUUUAAAACUGUAAUGACCUGAUGUAUUCAAUUCAAACGUAAUCAAAGGUGAGCAUUUGUUGGACAAAAGCUGUGUUUUUAUGUUAUAAAUAUGUUAAUUAUGUGAGAAAGUCCAUUUAUGUAUUAACAAUGUUGUUAUUGGUUUCAGUGAUAUCAAUAAAAGCAGACCUGGAUUA